AUGACGAAUCAAUUAUCUGUUCUAAAACUUUAUAAUGCUGUAGUGGAUGAUGUGAUAGCCGGAGUGCGGGACUGUUUUCUUGACGAUGGUGUAGACGAAACGGUAUUACAAGAGUUAAAACAGUUAUGGAAAACUAAAUUAACCGCAAGUGGUGCAAUGGAUCCCCCACAUCCCGAUCCGCCAACGAUGCCUCCUCCACCAGUAUUACUACAGAACUUUCCUAAAGCUAAUGGAGGCAGUAUAUUACCUAAACGAGCUCCAGAUAUGGCAUCUCAAGGUUCAAGCCACUCUGGAGGCGAGCACGGUGGUCCUACAAACAUAGCUGGGACUCAUCCUCAUCACGGCAUUGAUCCAAAUAAUAAAGUGCCAGUGCAAUUGACAUUACCCGCUCAGCCCGGUGUGCCCGGGUCACAGCCACGGUCAUUUACUAUUCAAAUUCCAGCGUCAGCCUUAAACGGGAACAAACUACACCAAGUUUUGACAGGUCCUAUAAUAAACGCAACAAUUAGUUUGCCUCAACCCUUAGCUGCGACUCUUUUACAGCAACAUAUAAAUUCAACUUUAGCCGGUCAACAAAAUGAAUUUGACGGAGGUGGGGGAGGUAGAAGUGGUGCAGCUCCAUUUUCUCUUGACGGUGCAUUAGAUUCUUCUGAUGAUGAGGGUUCAAUUGUUGGGGAUGGUUCAGAGGAGGGUGCUGGUGACGAGGAUGAAGAUGAGGAGUCUGCGGAAGAGAGAGCAGAGGAAGAGGAGGAGGAAAGAGAUGAAAGUGGUGGGGCCGAGGAAGAACCACUCAACUCGGGGGAUGAUGUGUCCGAUGAGGAACCAGGCGAUAUGUUCGACACUGACAAUGUAGUGGUUUGUCAAUACGAUAAAAUCACACGCAGCCGCAACAAGUGGAAGUUCCAUUUAAAGGAUGGUAUAAUGAAUUUAUCAGGUAAAGAUUACGUCUUUCAAAAAGCCAACGGUGAUGCGGAAUGGUGA